CCCCCCCACCUCUCUUGAUAAUUCCUUAUUCUAGUUCAAUAAAAAAAAAAAAGGAAAAGAAACAGAUUGCAGUGCCAAAAUGCACUUCGCUUUCUCUGUCAUCUCCAUUGAAAUGUAUAUGAUGCGCCAAGGACGAGAAGACCGCAUAAUCCCAGCGAAGAGGAACUGAACAGAGAAAGAUUUUGGAUUUUUGUGUGGGGUUCGUCGCUGGUUUGCAGAGAUUUUGGGAAAGCCAUGGGAGACUCGACUUGUUUCAUGCAACCCUUCUCUUAUGCUUCUGGCCUUCCCGGUGAACAGAGUGAGGGGAACCCCAUUCAUGCCCUACAGCAAUCGAUUUCGUUUGGGAGGUUCGUGACGGAUUCAGUCUCGUGGGACAAGUGGUCGGUUUCCUCGCACAACCGCUAUGUCGAAGAGGCCGAGAAAUUCUCUCGGCCCGGAUCAGUUGCGCAGAAGAAAGCCUUCUUCGAAGCUCACUACAAGGAAAUAGCUGCCAGAAAAGCUGCAGCCUUGCUUGAGCAGCAAGCAAAUGCUGCCUUGGCAGACGCAGCAAAGCCGAGGUGCGAAGUUGGAUUGCGUAAUCCCACUUGCUAUGAGUUCCCUGCAGGUGUUUCCAGUUCUCAGACUAUUCUUGGUGAAUCACGAGAGGUCCAGGAAGAUAAUAAUAAGGCUGGAUCGGCUAUUGAGGGCAGUGAAAUUGUCUGGAAUGUUGAAGUCAAAGAAACUAGGGUCAUUGAGGAAAUUAAAGAAGUUAAUCGCAGCAAGGAGGAUGAAGGGGCAGAUCUGGUGACUGAAGCACAGGUUGAUGCUAAUGAUUAUGUAGCAGAACAGCUGUUGGGGCAGUUAGAGGAUGUUGAUGGCCGCAAAGAAGUCAACGAAAUCGAGCAAAGUUGGACCCUCGAAAUGGAAAAACCUCUGUUGAAGAAUGAUGAGGCUGAUCUGGCAACUGAGGCUCAGGUUCAUAUUACUGGUUAUGUAGCGGAGGAACUGUCGGGGCAGUUAGAGAAUGUUUAUAACCAUGAAGAAGUCAUGGAAAUUGAGCAAAGUGGAACACCCGAAAUGGAGAAACCUCUUUUGAAGCAGAAUUCGGCCGAUCAAGGUGUUCUAGUGUCCAAGAAGAAAUCAGCAGGCUUCUCGUUGAAGUCGGUGGUGUGCCUGCAGGCAUCCAGCAGUCCGUCGACACCGGUGAAAUCCACAACCACAGCACUUAGCUGGAAAGAGAGGGGCGCUACUCCAACUGGCAGUAAGUCUAAACAAGAUUGUAUGUACAGAACAAGAACGACCCCGAAGCAGCUUCUUCACGGCAAUUUGACACCAGUUCGAGAGCUGAAAAGGAGAACUCCUACCUUCCCUGGGAAGACUGCAAGUUCGAGAAUAGGCGUCAAUUCCUAUAAGCUAAAUAAAGAAUGCCAAACUCCCCUGAAGACUCCUACCAUGGUACAUGCAAAUAGGGUGCUGAAGCAUUCCUUGGUCACCCCUCAGUCAGCUAACAGAAGAACGCCACGUGAUGGCUCAGCUGUUGAGACCUUGAAUACUGGCCCUAAGAGGCGUUCUCUUGCAAGAGAUUGUUCAAAGUUCUUGAGCGCUUGCAAGAACAAAUUACAGUCACCCAGCUUAUCCACACCCUUCAGAUUGAGGACCGAGGAAAGAGCUGCAAGGAGAAAAGAGAAGCUAGAGGAGAAAUUCAAUGCCGACGAAAAGGAGAAAGUCCAGCUACAAAAAAAAGUGAAGGAGAAAGCAGAAUCAGAAAUGAGGAAAUUUCGUCAAAGCUUUUGCUUCAAGGCCAGGCCGCUUCCCGAUUUCUAUAAAGAAAAAACGAUGCCACCAGGGGAUGGUCAUAUGAAGAAGCCACCAGGGGCUUGUCCUCAAACGCCAAAGUCAGGAAAAAAGCCAACGACAACCACGACGGCAGUACAGAGCACGUCCUUUCAACCAUGUCAAAGGCCUUUAUUCGACAGCAACAACAACAACAACAACGUUUCCAAGCAGGUUCAAGGAAAAAAUCAUCGGCUAUUAUUUCCUAAACCAUCACGAUCUGCACUAAUAGCUCACGAGAACAGAUCGCCUAACAUUCAGCUAGCAUAAGAGGAACUUUAUGGUACUGUGUUAACCUUGAGAGAGCUUUUGCUGUCCGGUUGCAAAUUCGAGCAACUUCUGCCACUGUAUUUUGUCAGAAUCGAGCUUCAUAAUUGCAUUGCCAAAUAUGUAGAUGAACGUUAAUUGGAAAUGAGAGGCCCCGGAUCAUGCUGAACUUUUCCGUAAGCUCUAGCUAAAUUAUUCAUAAACCCGUGCGAUUAGUAGUAGCUCCCCCUCAUCUUUACUGCAGCAUGUUAUGAACUUCUCAAGAACAAUGUUGUGAGAGUGAGAAACAGAGCAGCAUCU